UCUACCAUAUACCUUCAACCAGCAAGAUUCGCCGUCUACGCACUUCGUAAAACUUAGUCUUGUCUAAUUAAUAUCAUGAACUCCGAGGCUACCUGGACCCUGAACUUGGCACGGUGGUGUUUCCUCCUUUCAACAGACCAGCAUUCAUUAACCGUGACGUCAACGAGGAAGUUUGAGCGUUUAAUAUGGAAGUAAUGGCCCAGGCCUCUCCUAACAGCCACUCGUCCUUCGAGAUUCCCUCCCAGAUAAAUCUGGGUCGAUUCAACAUCAACCCCGUCACCCGCUGUGGCAAACGGCUCCAGAUGCUCAAGAUGUUACUCUUCCCUCUCACCCCUGCCAUCUGCCUCUUCGUCGUGACCGCCAUCAACUUCCAACAGGCGCUCAUGGCGCGCAACGAGAUGCGUGACUUCAACCUUGUAUUCCAGCAGUCGGUCGGUUUGGGGGACAUCAUGCACGCCAUCGAGAUUGAGCAGUCCCUGGCGACGCUGUACACACGCUAUGACGACGUCAGCCGGAUCAGCUUGAAUUCGAUCUACGCUGAGACCAACACUGCAGUGGAGGAGCUCCCGUACUGGCCAGAGGAAACCCGGUUCGUAUCAGGGGAGCAGUUCCUAUCGUUCCUGAAUAUCCAGAGGGAUAAGAGCCGACAGGAGAACACCACUACAUUCGAGCUUCUUCGCAUCUACUCCGACGUCAAGCGGGCGUUCCUGCCGCUCCUGACCGAGACCAUCCUGCUGACGAACCACGCCAGUCUCUGGAAGAACCUCGUGGCCUACUCCUUCAUUAUACGCUCGCAGGAACGCACCGGAGCAAUGUCGGCGUACGGAACGGAGUUCUUCCUUCUUGGUUUUCUCACGACCAACAACUACCUGACAUUCGUUCGGAACGAGGAACUGGCUAAUUUUUAUCUGAACACGUGUUUGAACUAUGUUCCAGAAACCCGUGACGUGUACAACAACAGACUGAUUGCAAGGCAGGUCGAUCCAAACGACGUGAAGAUUUUGAAAAAAGAGAUAUUUGCGAAUGAACUACGGGUCACUUGGGAGGCCUUAGCUUUACGAAAGUUGAGAUUGGCGGAUUGGCUUGGGAAUACCACGGCCCAGUUAAAGGUGAUUCGAAACGUCGGUGUUUAUAUCGAGACAAUAGUGAAAGAGCAACUGGUGAAAGAUAUUGGCUCCACGAAUGAUGAGAUUCUUGUUGCGGCCAUUUUGUUGUGCGUCGUGUGUUUCGUCACUCCAGUAAUUCUGAUACUCGUUUCCAAGGCAACAAACUCCAUACAAAAGUUCGCAUCAAAAAGAACUCUUGAGCUGAAUGCCGAAAAGAAAAGGAGCGAUUCAUUGCUCUAUCGGAUGUUGCCAAAACAGGUUGCUAAGCAACUGAAGAUUGGUGAUGACGUCAGUGCCGAGUCGUACGAACUCGUCAGCAUCUUGUUCAGUGACAUCGUUGGAUUCACUGAGAUGUCCGCACGAAGCGCCCCCAUGCAGGUGGUGAAUUUCUUGAACUUUCUCUACCAGUUAUUCGAUGAGCGUAUCGAGACGUACGACGUUUACAAAGUGGAGACGAUCGGUGAUGCUUACAUGGUGGCCAGCGGUCUACCCUUACGGAAUGGGAACCGGCAUGCCGGUGAAGUCGCGUCGCUGGCCCUGGACCUGAUCGAAAAAAUUAAGGACUGUAAGAUCCCACAUCUCCCCACUGAGAAUAUCCUCAUCAGGAUCGGCUUGCAUUCUGGACCUUGUGUUGCUGGGGUAGUCGGUUCUAAGAUGCCUCGAUUUUGUCUCUUCGGAGACACCGUCAAUACAGCCUCAAGAAUGGAAGCACAUAGCGAAUCAAUGAAGAUUCACACGAGCGCCGAGUGUCACAAAUUACUCGUCACGCUGGGUGGGUAUCUGUUGGAGUCACGUGGUAUGAUGGAAAUCAAGGGGAAAGGCUUGAUGCAGACAUAUUGGUUGUCAGGUUUCAAGCGUAACAUGUCACCAAGAAGUCCUCCAAGUGCAACUGUCUCCCUCGGAGUGCCGUCGCCCAAAAGUCGAUCAUUUCAAUCGUCUGGGUCAAACUCUGUCUCGAGGACGACUGUAAACCUGAAUACACCACACUUCACAAUGGAGACAACUCGACAUCUGCCGACUUGCCUGUUGUACAUGGUCAUAAUGGCACUAGUCGUGUCAUCAGUGGUCAACUCGACAGUGGAAACUGAAGACGCUUGUCAGACUCCAGGAAUUGAAACCCGCAUCUCAAAUCUGGAAGUAGCGUUGGUGACGGUAAACCAAGAUAACACCAAGAUGAAGAAGUUGAUCAUGGCUACACUGAAUGUGGUUCUGUCGCCAGAGGAGACACAAUGCGAGCACACACAGCAUAUAGCCGAGGUCAUUGGAGAUCUGCCUUUCAUCUUCAAUCAAGGCCAUAGCUCAUGUGCGUUGAUGGGGACAGCGGCGCACCCAGCAGCCUCUUGCAGUCAGCUACAUGAAGCUUGCCAGCGACCAAGUGGAGAUUAUUUUGUGAUAAUGAGAGGUAUUUUCACACAGGUGUACUGUGAGAUGAGCGAGUCGGAGGGCGGCUGGACUCGUUUCGGCAGCGCCGAUAUGGGCUCCGUGUGGAACUACCGGGACGAGUCGGAGACUGAAGUCACACUUACCAUCAUUUCAGCUGCGGACAUUAAGCUGGCCAAAGACCUGAACUUCAACACCUUCAGAGUGCUGACCGAUGUCGAGUUUCGCCUGCAGGCUGAUGACUCUACGAACCCUUCCAGUGUGGAGACAAGGUCCCUGCCGUGGUUGGAACCAGAGACUCUCACCAUCGGCGCUGGACGGGAUCACACUCGUCUUGAGUUGACUGAAGAUGGUGAUCGUAUGGCCUGUUUUGCUGGAGGCUCCAGCCGAUGCGGUGAGCAAGGGUUACCGAGAGUCGAUCAGCCCUCAGAUCGGCUCGUGAUCACCUCACUCUACUUUGGGCCCCGAGCCGUUUCACGGGGAGCCUAUGUGUCAUCUGCACAUACGACGACUUGGCCCAGAAAUCGCUAUACGUGGUCCGGAUCCUACUAUUACCUUUUGGCGAAAUAGACAUGAGUGCAGAAUUUAAACCCCCUUGCCUAUAAUCACAAUUGGCCUAAUAAUAGGGGUAUUUGGUACUCAUGAGUUUAGUAGCACGCACACUUCCUAAUACUAUUUUUGCUUAAUUUAGUUCUUUAGAUUUCUCACUAAUACUAAAAGUAAUAGGUAAGAGGAUUUGGUUCGUAGUUAUGCAACGCACAUUUUUUUGCAUUUGUUUAAUAAGAUCAAUAUUCCAGCAAAAGAACACAAGACAAAAACAGAAUAAUAAGGUAGGUCUACAUGAUAGUUUAGCUUUAUUCAUAGAUUGAAAUACAUUAGCAGUAGAUUAAUUAGCUUUUACUCACUUUACGUAAUACAUCAGUCGGACGCAAAGACGUGGGGGGGUACAAGGGAAUGUUUUUAAGGCGCUGUGCACUAUUGGUAAUUACUCAAAAACGAGCAAUGGAGAGAUGUUGACAGUGUAAAACACUGUGAGAAACGGCUUCCUCUGAAGUAACAUAGUUUUUUAGAAAGAGAUACCUUCUGACUCAAUAAACAAUUUCAGCUGCAUCCGAAAGCACAAAAAGUGUUCAACAAGGUUUUUUUCUUGCAUUAUUCUCUUCCAACUUCGAGCAGAUGACCACUAUUUUUUUUUUUUGUAUGCAUAUGUUGGGAUACACAGCCAGUGAGAGUCUGGUUUUUGACAUAUUUACCAAAGGUGUCCAGUGCCUUUAAAGUCCGUUGUUUUAAAGCAGAAUAACCCCAAAACCCGAUCCGUCAGACUGGGUGGGUGUGGAGGGGGUACCAUCGCCCCAUCCUACCCCACUAUCAUUGUAACAUAUUGAUCCACCUCCACCCAUCUAAACGCUUCCAAUUAUAACACACUUAAAAUAACUUCUUACGUCAUACAACUACUAAUCUCGUUUAACAGGGCAGUGUUUCAUAUUUUCUAGGCAACAACUAACAGUAGACCAUUGCCCAAUUUCAUGAAGUUGUUUUUUAGCAGAAAGUACUGCUUAACACAUCUUUGCUAAGCAAAAAUUGAGUGGGCACCAGAACAAUGUAAACUUAAUGUUGUUUUGGCUGACAAUCUGUUUCUGUUGGGCAAUGCUUAUCUUUGCUUGUGCUAAACAGGUAUGGACCCAUGGCUUGUUCGUGACUGGCUCCCCGCAUAGUUUUGCUUAAUAGCAUUAUAGCAA